CCGAGCGGCCGGACGGAGCGCGGGGCCGGGAACUGCCGCCCGCUGGGGCGCGGAGCCUGGAGGCUGGACAGGCUGACGCGCUCGUAGCUCCGUCCUCCGCCCUGCAGCGCAGGGUCCCGCGGCCAUUCAGCAUGUCCCAGCGGUACUCGGACAGCUCUGUGGAGGAGAAGCUCCUGGAAUACCGCUUCCACUCGGAGCUGCGGCUAGAUGCCAAGGGGAACCCAGCAUCUGGGCUCCCAGUGGUCCGCGGCUCCCCGCACAGCAGGAGCAAUGCCGCCUUCCAGCCAGACACCCCAAUGCCCCCGGAACUGGCCCCCGAGUCCCAGGAGCCCAGAACCGUCAUCCUGAGCACGCAGAGCCCAGCAGCCCUGAAGAUGGGCACACAGCAGCUCAUACCUCGGAGCCUGGCCGUGUCCAGCAAGGCUAAGACCCCGGCCCGCCACCAGAGCUUCGGGGCAGCCAUGCUCAGCAAGGAGGCUGCCCGGCGGAACCCCCAGCUCCUCUCUGCCCCCAGCUUCUCCCUGGAUGACAUGGACUUGGACAUGGGUCCUGGGGGGAUGCUGAAACGAAACCUGAGGAACCAGUCCUACCGGGCAGCCAUGAAGGGCCUGGGGACUCCAGGCGGCGAAGGGGGCCCUGUCCAGCUCACCCCCAAGCUCCAGGCUCUGGCUGAGGAGCCUAGCCAGCCUCCUGCUCGACCUGCAGCCAAAAAUAAGAAGGCGCUGGGGCGGAAACGUGCCCAGAAGGGCUCCUUCAAAGAUGACCCCCGGUUGUACCAGGAAAUCCGGGAGCGAGGCCUGAACACCAGCCACGAAUCUGACGAUGACUUACUCGAUGAGCCCCCAAGCCCCGAGGGAACCCGGAAAGUGGACGCCCCCAUCGUGGUCAAGAGCUACCGGCCCCCCCAGAUCACCUGGAGCCAGCUCCCAGAGGUGGUGGAGUUGGGCAUCCUGGAGCAGCUUCCGGCUGAGGAGCGCAAGAGGCAGGAGGCCAUCUUCGAGAUCCUCACGUCCGAGUUCUCAUACCAGCACAGCCUCGGCAUCCUGGUGGCCGAGUUCCUGCAGUCCCGGGAGCUGCGGGCAACCAUGACCCAGACGGAGCACCACCACCUCUUCUCUAACAUCACAGACGUCCUGAGCGCCAGCCGGAGGUUCUUCGAGGACCUGGAGCGGCGACACAAGGCGCAGGUGUGUGUGGAGGACAUCAGCGACAUCCUGGAGGAGCACGCAGAGCAUCACUUCCACCCCUACAUCUCCUACUGCUCCAACGAGGUCUACCAGCAGCGUGCCCUGCAGCGGCUGACAAGCAGCAACGCCACCUUCCGGGAGGCCCUGCGGGCAAUCGAGCAGCGGCCGGCGUGCGGGGGUCUGCCCAUGAUUUCCUUCCUGAUCCUGCCCAUGCAGAGGGUCACCCGGCUGCCCCUCCUGACCGACACACUCUGCCUCAAGACACAAGGCCACCCCGAGAGGUACAAAGCAGCCAGCCGUGCACUCAAGGCCAUCAGCAAGCUGGUGAAGCAGUGCAAUGAGGGCGCCCACAAGAUGGAGCGCACGGAGCAGAUGUACACGCUGCACACGCAGCUGGACUUCAGCAAGGUCAAGUCCCUCCCACUGAUCUCUGCCUCCCGAUGGUUGCUGAAGCGCGGGGAGCUCUUCGUGGUGGAGGAAACUGGACUGUUCCGGAAACUCGCCAGCCGACCCACGUGCUACCUGUUCCUGUUCAAUGACGUCCUGGUGGUCACCAAGAAGAAGAGCGAGGACAGCUUCAUGGUCCAGGACUAUGCCCAAGUGGACCACAUCCAGGUCCAGAAGAUGGAGCCCUCAGAGGCCUCUCUGCCUGGGGGCGGCAACCGCAGCUCCUCUGUUCCGCACCCCUUCCAGCUGACCCUCCUGCACAACAGCGAGGGCCGCCGGGAGAAGAUCUUGCUGUCCUCUGACUCCGCGAGUGACCGCGCACGGUGGAUCACGGCACUUACGCACCGGGAGAGGCAGGCGCGGGGCCCCCAGAACAAAGGAGACCUACUCCAGGUGGAGAUCACUAAGGCCUACCUGGCCAAGCAGGUGGACGAGAUCACACUGCAGCAGGCGGACGUGGUCUUGAUCCUGGAGCAGGAAGAUGGAUGGCUCUACGGCGAGAGGCUGCGGGAUGGAGAGACAGGCUGGUUCCCUGAGGACAUCGCCCAGAGCAUCACCAGCCGCGUGGCUGUGGAGGGCAACGUGCGCAGGAUGGAACGGCUGCGUGUGGAGACGGACGUGUAGCCGGGUCUGCCGGCACCUCGCCAGGCCGGGCUGUGGCCGUGCAGUGUCAGUCCACACUCCAGCACGUGGCCCCACCUGUUCCUGGGGAGCAUGGUGGGCUUGCCCUUGGGGCCUGAAAGGUCCAAGGCCUGGUGGGCUGCAGCAUAGGCUCUGGACACUUCCAAGGAGGAUGGUCACACGCCCUUGGGGGAGCAUCCUCCGGGGGAGCAUCCUCCAGGCAAGCUCGGGAGCCAUGCCAGCCCUGGCCCCAGGCUGUGUCCCCGGAGGAGCCCUGCCUGACCUGCUUGCUGGCCUCACCCUCCCCCAGCUCCUGGCUGCCCUGUCCUGUCCCCUGUGCACCCAGGGGCAGUUAGGCGGUGGGCGUGUGAUUGAGGUAGAUGGACCUGAGAAGAGCGGGAAUCACCUGGAGGGGUCUCCCACGCCUGUCCUGCCCCAGCCUUAGUGCCCACGGCUGCCCCGUGUUCCCAGAGGUGACCCUGUGGUGCCAGCACUGAAGUUGUGACUUUGAGACAUUAAAGUAUUUCUUCGGCACC